AUGGAGGGUGCGAAGAGGAAGAAGGUGCUGGUAGUGGGUGCGGGAGCUGCAGGAAUGUCGUGUGCACAUCAUCUCUCAGAACAUCCAGACAAGUUCGACGUAACGAUUGUAGACGCUGUCGACUAUUGCGGAGGCCAAGCAUACUCGAUACCACUGGACAAGCAAAAGACGGGAGCAUCAUGGCUCAACCAGGGCGUUCAGGGCGGCUCAUACAUCUUUCACCACACCAUGACCAUGUUCGCGAGAAAUGGCUUCUGGGCAGAUCCAGUCAAGCUUCAGGUAUCUUUCGGAAAAGGCGAGCAGUUCUGGACAAACGUAUACCCCACGAAAAUGCUGGAAAAGCAUUCGGCAGAAGUCGUUCGCUUCUUCAGAAUGCUGAAGAUUGUCAGAAUGUUUGAGAUCUUCUUCGCAUUAAUGCCGAUCAAGAUCUUGAUCAAGCUCUUCCGCUUUUCAGCCGAGUUCGCCAACGUGGUAGCUCUGCCUAUGGUGGCUCUCUUCUUGGGUACUGGAAACUGGACGCCAGAAGUGCCUUCUAUGAUUCUGGAGAGACUUAGCACGAGUCCGACGUAUGGAAUGUGGUAUCCUCCGGACAAGAAUAGCGUGGCGUCCAAUCUGCCGCCUAUGGUGGUAUUCCCGAACCUAAGCGACUUUUACGAUACCUGGCGCAAGAAUCUCAUCAAGCGAGGCGUCAACGUACGACUUUCCACAGAGGUGACUCGUGUCACGAAGCGCGACAAGACAGGUGUCACCGUCAAGAUCAUUGGCCGGACAAGGGCUCCGGAUGGGCACAACCCGAACUCUGCUUGGGUGCCAGACGACGUUGAAGGCUCGAAAGCUGAUGCCGAUGCUGUCGAGACAACUGAGGAAUACGACGAGAUUGUCCUUUGUGUUCUUGCCGACACAGCCAAGCGCAUUCUUGCUGCAACGGCGACUGGAUCUGAGAAGCGUGUUCUUGGAGCUGCCAAGUUCGCCAACGAUAUCACUGUCACACACCAAGACCACGAAUACAUGAAACGACAUUACGAGAACUUUUAUGAACCAUCUCUGGCUGUCAAUGGCAUCAAUGGCCAGGACAUGCAAUCACGGAAUGAAUGGGCCAAGGAUAACUUCAAGGCCAUGUACCUGAUCCGAAUGUACCCUCAGGACCUGACAAAGAUCGAAAUGUGCUUCGAUUGCACAAACUACCAGGCUCAAUUCCCACCCGAAGUACCUUUCGAGAACCAUGUCUUCCAGACCAUCUUCCUUAACAACGAAAGAGACAGUCACUUAUGGACGAGAGAUGAGAUCAAGAAGGACAAGAUCAUACGAGAAGACUGGUGGCAUCAGCUCUGCCACUCCUAUGCACAUUACAUCAAAGUCGUUCCUUGGUUAUGGAUGCUCCAGGGCAAGCGCUAUACUCGCUAUGCAUCCUCAUGGACUCUUGUCAACGCACAUGAGGUAGCCUGCAUAUCUGGUAUCUCUGCGGCCGUGGAUCUUGGUGCUGACUACCCUGCCGACCUCGAGCGCGAUAAGUGGUCAUUCCUUGCUUUCAGACUUUAUAACCUGCUCAUCUACGGCAAGUGGGUCAAGAGAAAGGCGACUGCGAAGUCCAGGGAGGGCGAGGGUGCGGAGUGGGCUACAGGUAAUGAGUAUGGAAGUAUAUACAACGGGCCUGGUGUCAAUGCGAAGACGGAGAGGCUGAUAUGGAAGAAUGAGGUGGCUGCUGAUAGAAGUUUGGAGAACUUCUAA